AUGGAGGUCGACAACGUCAACUUCUGGGGCCAUCUGCCCACUAUCCUUGACGCGAUUGCCGAUGCCGAGUUCAUCUCGCUUUCUGUGAUCGGUUAUCCCGAUGCUAUCAUCAAAGCUAACCAGACCAAGGAGGAGCUCUACCAUGAAUUGGUAGAACACUCCAAGGUUUACCACAUCUCCAAGAUUGGCCUGACUUGUUUCCAAUACGACGAGAAGCAAAAGGUCUCAGCAUAUUCUGCGCGUAGCUUCAACUUUGCCAUCACCCCUUGGUUUCUCUCUGCAAACAUUCAGGCGGAACUCAUCGCAAAGACCGUCAAUCGAACGUUUUCCUUUUCAUACGACACCCUUCAACAGUUGGCGACAAACGGCUGGGGUUUCAACGAAGCUUGGGAACGGGGUGUUCCUUACUUGACCCGCUGGGAGGCGCAAACAGUCGAGGAGCGUUUCCUCCAGCCUUGGGAGACCAAGAAGCCAUUGGACAUCAACAAACUAGAUGCCGAGUCCCAGAAAUUUCGGGCAUGGGCCAAUGAGCAGAUCACAUCUUGGCUGAAAGAAGAGAGAUUGACGAACCGCCGCAUUGCACUGACGCGACAGUCAGGAUUUCUCUACGUGGUGGAGGCUCUCCUCGGGGGACAUUUUGCCAACGACAUCGAGCCCGAACUAUGCUUGGCAUACUUAUUGGUGGUGGAUCGUGACUCGCGAAGUCAACUUGUCUCGGCUUUUCGCGACAGACUUAGAGCAGCUGAGAAUAGAAACAGGCUCAGACGACCUAUCCUGCUCAUUCACUCUCAGCUCGACAUGCUGUGUCACUUUUACUCGACAUUUUUGGGCCCACUUCCGGAGACACUCGACGGAUUCACAAAAGAAAUACACGACAUCUUCCCUCGGAUCGUGGACAGCAGGAUUCUGUAUCCCCUCAACAACUAUCCAUCUCACUCGUUCGACAGGCACAAGACUUCAAUUGAGUUCAUAUCUGCCGCAGAGGAAGAGGGAGGACCCGUUGUUACACCAGUACGAGGAUUCGAAUACCAGAACAAGAUGGCUGAAGAACACGGUCUUUACGGCUGGUAUUCCAACCUCGCAUUCCUCAAGGUUGCAGCAAAGAAGCUGCAGAAGGAGCAGUGGCUGAGUAAGACCCGGCCCGAAAAGACGUGCGGAAGCAUGAGAAUGAAGACGAGAAAACCAAGCAAGCUUUUCUUCACUCUCAAUCCCUUUGCGCCCAACAGCAUUAUCAGCCGUCGGUCAAGUAUUUGUUCUUCUGUCGCUUCCGGUAUGACUGGAAGCAUGGUUGACACCCCGCCCAGUGUUUUCGGUGACGGCAGUGAGGAGGAGGAGGAGGAGGAGGAAGAGAAGCAGGAGGCAUCUGAGGUUCAUCGUCUCCCCCCGUGGGGGGCAGUUUUCUGGGAAAAGUUUGGAAACAAAUUGAUCCUCGACAACGGUGAAGUUUUGGCGCUCACCACUUCGAUUCCGCUCAGAAAGACCCGGAUUCGGAAUCUCUAG